CUCUAUUUUAUUUUUAUUUAUUUUUUGUUGACAACUUCACCAACCAUCUCUCUCUUCUCUCUCUUCUGCGCGCGACGCAGACCCAGCUUUCUCUCUCCUCGACUCAGAUACAAAAAGAAGAGUUUUUUUUUCCUUUUUUUUUUGCCGGUGAAAAAAAACAAAAACUACCAUUGUUGAAAAAACCUAACCUCCUUAUCCUCAAUCUCACACAUCCACAGCAGAGAUUUUGGAACUCAGCGAGGACUUGGUGGUAAUAGUGUACUUGUGGAUGAAUUUUUGAAUGGUUGGAUGUUAAUUGAGAUGGGUUCUUGUGGGGAUUCAGCUAUGGUUGAUGAUGGAAUAUCAGGUGGGUCUGUUAUUGAGCAGCAUUUGUGCUCGGAGAUUCCCGUGCAUUCGGAUCAUUUGCAGAAACAGUUGUGUUCAGAAGGAGCUUGUAGUGUGUUGUACUCUGAUGAGCUUAGCAGCUUGAAGGAUGGCAGUGUGGAUUUACCCCAGGAGGGUUCUGCAAGCGGCGGUGCUGUUGUUGCAGAUGUUGAGCUUCACAGGGCGAAGGAUGGAAGUGUGGAUUUACCCCAGGAGGGCCCUGAGGGUUCUACAAGCGGCGGUGCUGUUGUUACGGAUGUUGAGCUUCACAGGGCGAAGGGUAGUGUGGAUUUACCCCAGGAGGGCCCUGAGUGUUCUACAAGCGGCAGUGAUGUUCCGGACAAGUGUGGAGAUGUCUUGCCAAAUGAAUGUGGAAAUGCUGAUAUGUUGCAAUUGGAGAACACCUCUGAGCAUGAUUGUCAGAAUCAUUCAAGGAUAUGUUGUGGGAACAACGAGGGUUCAGGUCUAAAAACUAGGGGGCUGUGUUCGGAAGGAAAUUUUCAAGAUGAAGGCGACACAGACAUUCCAUCGGAGUCCAUAACUGUGACUGGGUUGCAGGAGCAUUGUGUUCAACACGUUGUGCAGAAGGAUGAGAAGCUCAAUGUAUUCCCCUCAGUGAAUGAUGAUUCAGCUGUCAUGGGAGGCAAAAAUGAUGACUCCAGUGUACUUGUGGAUGCUUUGGAUUGUGUGCAUGAUUUCAGACAUUCUGAAAUGUCCUUGGAAUCAGAACCCACGACUGACUUGCUAGUUGGUUGUGACCACAAAAAUGAGCAGGGGGACAUUGUGAGAAAUGCAGAUCCAUUGUCAAUGGGUGUGGAAAAAUGUGAUGCUUUUGAUGGGAUGGAAUCCGAUGCUUGCAGGCAGGCAUCUCCUUUGCAGAUGCAGGCUUUGGAAGUUCCAACAACUGUAUGUACAGAGGAAGAUAGCAGACGUGGUCAGCUAUGUGAUGUUAAAUAUGGUGAUGAUUGGAAUAGUAGUAUUGAUGAAAAGAUUAAAGCUUUUGUAGAUACGGAAAACAUUGUUGAUUCACAUGUCCAAGUAUUGUCCUCACCAGGCUGUCAUAGGACCUUGGAGAGUUCACCUGUAGUUGAUUCCCCUCCGGAGACUUCAGCGUUGGUCCAGGGUAAUGUAAUGAAGAAUGAUAUCUUGCAAAUAGAUGAGAAGUUGUGUAAAUUGAAGGACUCUCACUCAGAAGAAACUACCAACUAUGCUCCUAGGAAACCUUUAUAUGCUGAUUCAGAUCAGCCCUCCAUUGUUUUAGUCACCGAUACCUCUUUGAAGGUCGCACAUGAUCUGCUUCCUAAGGGUGGUGUUGUUUCUGUCAAUAACAGUAGUGCUAGGGACACUGUUGGACAGACAGAUAAUGAUGGAAAAGAUACUGUGGAAGCUGAUUUUUUUGCUCAAAGCAUCCUAUUGCCGUCUCAAAGGAAUAGUAGAAGAAAUAAAAUUGGUCGUAAGACACAAACAAAAAAAGCCUCAAGAAAAUGCAACAAAGCUGAUUUGACACAUCCAGGAGGAGAUAUGAAGAUAAACUUAGAGGUUGCUAGAAAGAAAAGAAGUUCUUUCUCCAAGCCGGCACGAUCUUCUAUCUGGGGAUUGCUUGGGAGCAUUGAACAAUAUUUUGAGCAAGAUAAUGAGCUUGGGAUUAGUAAAGCCAUGUGCCAAGAAUUGGGGAAGUCUAGAAGCAAGCGUCAAACAGGAAAAGCAUUUAAGAACAGUGCAAGUUCUAGUUCUUCAAAUGCAGGGCAGAAAUGUUCAGUUCCAACAACUCGGGUCCGUCUAAAGAUCAAGUUCGGGAAAGAAAUUGAUCUAAGUAGUUCAAAUAUUUUGAUUCCAGAAAUUGGCAAUGCCUUUAAUCCUGCUUCUGACAUGGGGACUGGUUCAGGUUCUCAGAAAGUUGGAAGCAAUGCGGAAGACAAAUCUUUGGGACCGGUGUCCUUGGGCAAUUUAGAAACCUUCAAAAGCAACCUCAAGAAGGAUGAUCUUGUACUAAAUGCGCAAAUUGCAACAAACCACUUAGAAAGUACUGCAAAAAUUGAGAAGUCAAAUGGGGAUGUAGAGGCAAAGUUUCUUACAAAUCCUCUAGAAAAGGUGGUAGAACCAUUGAUUGAACCAAUCAUUAAUAUGGAUCCUGGAACUUCACCUGAUUCAGAAGUCAUCAAUUCAGUUCCAGAAGUUCAAGUUGGAGAAAGACAUCAAGAAGAUAUGCAUCAUGCUCUUUUAGGUCCUCCUUUGGAUUUCAAUUCUAAUUUGCAUAUUACUAUUAGCAAGAAGGGGAAGAAAAAAGACAAACAUAUUUCUUCAAGUGAUUGUAUUACUGAAGUUGGAUCACAUGGGCGACAUAGAAGUAAUAAAGCAAAACAAUCAAAGAAUCACAGAUGUAAGAAGAAUUCUAGUAAUACAGUUAGCUUUUUAGAAUUGCCUGCUUCCACUGAGAUAAAUGCUUCAAGCAAAUCUAUCAGUAGUGAAGAAUUUCCGACAGAACCAUUACCCCUUUCUGGUGAGAGUGAACUUGGAGACUCUGCUGAAGCUUUGAAGGUCCAAGGGUGCAAGCCAUCUGUUAACCACAGGCCAUCAGAACCCCAGGGUUCUGAGAAUUUGCCGCCUUGUGUAAGAUAUUUGGGGCGUAAACUACCUAAAAGCCUUAUGAGUGUUAAAUUUAGCAAGGCCAAGUCUAAAGCUUCUGACUCAACAAAGAAAAAGAUCACUUGUAGACACAAGGAGAAACAGAGAAGGCCAAAUAGUAAAAGCGAAGUCAAGGGAAAAGGUGGCCCGCAUAAAGUUAUGGCAGAAGUGGAGGAUCACAUACAUACAGCAACCAGCACAGUUGGAAAUGGCAAAUUGGAUGCUGAUCAAAGAUUUAAUGCUGAUGAAAACAGAGUAUCAGUUAAUGUAUCUAAUUUGAACAUAUUGCCCACCAUUGAUUCGGGAGAGCAGCAUAAAUCACCACAUAAUGCAUGGGUGCGUUGUGAUGAUUGUCACAAGUGGCGGCGCAUUCCAGCUGUGCUUGCUGACCUGAUUGAUGAGACAAACUGCACCUGGACAUGCAAGGAUAGCAAGGAUAAAGACUUUGCUGAUUGUGCUAUCCCUCAGGAAAAGUCAAAUGCAGAGAUUAAUGCAGAAUUGGGAUUAUCGGAUGAAGAAGAUGCUUACGAAGACUCCAGAAAUUAUAAGGAAUUGGAAUUCCAACAGCCAUUGGUUUCCCAGGAGUCGACUUUCACCCAAGUCCUUUCCAAUGAGUUUCUACAUCGUAGCCGUAAAACACAAACUAUUGAUGAGAUAAUGGUCUGCCAUUGCAAACAACCUCAAGUAGGCAAGUUAGGCUGUGGGGAUGAAUGCCUAAACCGGAUGCUAAACAUUGAAUGCGUUCAAGGAACCUGCCCAUGUGGGGAUUAUUGUUCCAACCAGCAGUUCCAAAAACGCAAGUAUGCCAGCUUGAAGUGGUUUAAAUGUGGGAAAAAAGGUUAUGGACUGAAGGCACUUGAGAAUAUAGCCCAAGGCCAGUUUCUCAUUGAAUAUGUUGGGGAGGUGCUUGAUACUCAUGCUUAUGAGGCACGGCAAAGAGAGUAUGCUUUGAAGGGUCAUAGACAUUUCUAUUUUAUGACCUUGAAUGGAAGUGAGGUGAUAGAUGCAAGUGCAAAAGGAAACUUGGGCCGUUUCAUUAAUCAUAGUUGUGAUCCUAAUUGUCGAACAGAAAAGUGGAUGGUGAAUGGGGAAAUAUGUAUUGGACUGUUCGCAUUGAGGGAUAUUAAGCAGGAUGAAGAAGUGACAUUUGAUUACAACUAUGUAAGGGUUUUCGGUGCUGCUGCCAAAAAAUGCUAUUGUGGCUCAAUUAAUUGUCGAGGUUAUAUAGGUGGUGGUGAUCCGUUAAAUUCCGAUUUGAUAGUUCAAGGUGAUUCUGAUGAAGAAUUUCCAGAACCUGUUAUGCUUAAUGAUGAUGGUGUAAUUGAAAAUGGGUUGCUUUCACGCAAGUUUACUAUUGCGAUAGACACAGAUAAUACUCCAGAGAAGGAGAGUUCUAUGAACCCUUCCUCUGCUGUUGAUUUGUUGCACAGCUCCAUUGAAGAAAAUUCAAAGGCCAAGGUACCAUCUUCUGUUCGCGUUGAAGAAAUUUCUCAACUAGUGGAGAAUAGAGAAAGUAAAACCAUGCCUGCUAUGCAACAAGGGCAUGCAAUCGAUCUUACGGACAAAACUACCUCCAUUCAGAAAGAUGAGAAACUUUCUUCCCUUGCACCUGUCAGAAAAGUCUUAUUGAAUGCUACCAUCAGUAAUAAGGAAUUUAAGCCUGAAAUAGUCAAGGCUCCUAAACUGGUUAGUUCUGUUAAAAGGGGAAAAGUUUGUGCUAAUCCUCCAAACGGCCUCAAAAUUGAGACAACAGUGAACCGAUUGCAGUUGUCAUCUGGGAAACUGAAAAAAGUUGUUGAAGGUUCUUCUAAUGCAAGAUUUGAAGCAGUCCAGGAGAAGCUUACGGAAUUACUCGAUGGAGAUGGAGGAAUAAGCAAAAGAAAAGAUGCCACCAAAGGUUACUUGAAACUCUUGCUUCUCACUGUGGCAUCAGGUGAUAGGAGCAGCGGUGAAGCUAUUCAAAGCAAUCGAGAUCUCUCGAUGAUCCUUGAUGCCCUUCUAAAAACGAAAUCUAGAGCAGUGCUAAAUGAUAUAAUUAACAAAAAUGGUUUACAGAUGUUACAUAAAAUCAUGAAGCAGUACAGGCGGGAUUUCAAAAAAAUUCCAAUAUUACGAAAGCUGCUUAAGGUGCUAGAGUAUCUGGCUGUGGGCAAGAUACUGACAUUUGAACAUAUCAAUGGUGGUCCCCCAUGUCAUGGAAUGGAGAGCUUUAGGGAAUCAAUGCUGUCUCUGACAGAGCAUGAUGACAAACAGGUACAUCAAAUUGCUCGAAGCUUCCGAGACAGAUGGAUUCCUAGGGCAUCCAGAAAACAUGGAUAUAUGGACAGGGAUGAUAAUAGAAUGGAAUCUCAUAGAAGUUACAACAGUAACAGAUUUUCAUCAUCACACAAUCAUAGGCAUGAACAGGACUCUAGACCUACAGAAGCAGUGGAUUGUGUUCCGAUGUCAACAUCCGUGGAAACUUCAGCUGAUGCUGGUGCACCUGAGGGAUCCUCCGCGCCCUCUCUAGAUGGGGUUGAUGUCAAAGGGACAAAAAAACGAAAGCGCAAAAGCCGGUGGGAUCAACCAGCAGAGACAAAUUCUUAUUCCGAUGCAGCAGUUAUUGGUUCUACUGAUGGAAGCCAGAACAUUCAUGAGGAUGUUCCACCAGGAUUUUCUUGUCCCGUAGGUGCUGGUGAUCUUGCUCCGCGAAAUGGAGUCCAUUCUGGAAGUGCCCCUGACUUGGUUUUUGGUCAGCCAAAGGAGAAAUUUAACUCUCGCUUGCCUGUCUCGUAUGGAAUCCCUUGCUCUGUUGUCAAGCAGUUCGGAACACCUCAUGCUGAGAUCUCGGGUAGUUGGGUCACUGCACCUGGAAUGCCUUUCAACCCAUUUCCUCCAUUACCACCAUAUCCACGGGAUCAAAGAGACUGUUUACCUUCCAAUACUUCCAGCGCUAUGGCAAUUGACCAGCCUUCUGAAAUCAAACAGUCAGAUGGUAGUGGCCUAGUUAACAGUUGCGCAGACGAUACUGUUCGCAGCACAACUGGCACUAACUCUGAUGACAUGAAUCAUACAGAUGAGGAGAAUCGAAACAUAACUAAGCGAUUGAAGGACGAUGACCUGGGAAGGAGGUACUUUAGACAGCAGAAGUGGAACAAUUCGAAAAUACAUCGACCUUGGUUCCGGAGGGAUGCAUGGAAAUGCAAUAAUAGGAACAACACCAGUGGUGGUGAUAUGUGCGGUAUGGGUGUAGGAAAUGUACAAUCUGAAGUUACAAGAAGCUCAGAGGAUGCAAUUUGUAGAGAUGAGAAAGGUGGCAAUAAUAUUUGUUAGUAGUAUGCACAGCUUCAAAACCAAUAUUGUUCACAGGAAAAAGAAAUUGAUUUUUGUUUUCUUUUUUCUCUUCCAUAUAAUUAAUGAACUGUCAAUUCAUUUGUUCCCGAAAUCUAUUAUUAUUCAAUGAAAAUUUCAUUCAAUUACAGCAUUCUAUGGUAUAUAUAUUGUACCUUGGGGAUCCUUCUGCUCCCCAAACCUUCAAAAGGAAGGUGUUAUCAUAGAUUUGUGAUACUCAAAUGGAAAACUAGUUAUCUUUUUCUGUGUUC